GAUGACUCUGAUCAGACACAGCCUAUAUAUGCAAACAAAACCUUCCUUUUCCUUCACCCCUCCUAGACUUGACUUGACACCUCCUUCCUUCCUUAUCUCCCUCUCUGUUCUUCGUCUUCUUCUUCUUCUUCUUCUUCAUGGGUUCCAAUGAAGUCUUACUCGAUGUUUCUCCGUAUGCGAGAGUACUUAAAGAUGGAACAAUCGAGAGACUUAACGGAACCCAAGUUGUUCCGGCCGGGUUAGACCCUCUAACCGGAGUUCUAUCCAAAGACAUCGUCAUUUGCCCGCAAACCGGUGUCUCAGCCAGACUUUACAAACCCAAUAUCACUGAAACCAGUCAAAAGCUUCCUUUGAUCGUUUACUAUCACGGUGGAGCUUUCUGUAUAGCUUCAGCUGCUGAGCCACUCUACCACAACUGCCUCAACAUGCUUGUUGCUGAGGCCAGAGCCAUUGCUGUUUCUGUAAACUACAGAUUAGCCCCUGAGCAUCCCCUGCCGAUUGCCUACGAGGAUUCUUGGGCUGCGCUUGAAUGGGUCUUCGGUGGUGAAGAACUUGACGAGUGGGUUAAGGAUCAUGUUGAUUUGGAGCGAGUGUUUUUGGUGGGAGAUAGUGCUGGGGCUAAUAUUGCACACCAUUUGGCCUUGCGGGUCAAGAAGUCCGACCCGGAUCCGAAGGUGAAGAUUGCUGGGAUUGGGAUGAUACAUCCUUACUUCUGGGGGAAAGAUCCGAUUGGCCGGGAGGUGGCAGAUUCGUUCAGAAAGUCGAUGGUGGAUACAUGGUGGAGUUUUGUGUGCCCAUCGGAGAAAGGGAGUGAUGACCCGCUUAUUAACCCGUUUAUCGACGGAUCCCCAAGUCUGGAGGGGUUGGCUUGUGGUAAGGUGCUUGUUCUUGUUGCAGGAGAAGACAUACUGAGGGACAGAGGGAGGCUUUACUAUGAUGAACUGGUGAAGAGCAACGGGGCAGGAAGCAAAGAGUUGAUUGAAACAGAAGGGGAAGAUCAUGUGUUCCAUAUCUUCAAUCCUAAUAGUGAAAAGGCUAAGAGCUUGAUCAAGGAUUUGGGUUCUUUCAUAAAUCAAAAAUAGUGCAAGUUCAGUGGAAGAAGAGAAAAAAGGGUAUUUCUGGUGUGGGAUUCCUCGUCAUUCUUGAAUAUGCCUUGGUAUUCCUAUGUACUUUAAUUCUUCAUCUAGAACAAAAUGUACUUUACUACUGUUGCCAGCUUCUUAGUGAUUUGUCACAUAUGCAUGCAACUGACAAUUGAGAUUUCAGUAGCCUAUGAGCAGUACAAAUGUAGACUUUGGUUCUUAGAAUAAUCAAUAUUAUAUAACUACCCAACUUAAAGAAAGGGGUGAAUUGUGUUUCGCAUUGCUGU